AUGACUGCAGGUCCUCAGCCCGAGUUAUUCAUUUCUUACGACAAUGGUCCUACAGCCGACAACAGGAUUCUUGUGUUUGGAACUGAGCAGUGUCUGCGUGCCCUUGCAGAAAAUAAGUACAAGAGUCUAAUAGAGAACAAGAAAACUGAUGGCAAGACAGUGCAGCAGAAAAGUGUAGCAUGGGUCAAACUUGCCACAGAGUUCAAUGCACAGUCAGCGGUGCACACUAGAGAUGCUGAUCAAUUACGACGGUGUUUCGAAAAUCAGAAGAAAAAGUCCAGGAAGGAAAUCGCAAGGCACCGGUAUGCUGUGUUUGCUACUGGAGGUGGGCCACCGCCAUCCCAGCUGUCUAGUAUAGCGAUUCAGGUAGCGUCUAUUGUGCCUGGCAACCUGCAGCCCCUACAGAAUCCGUAUGACUCCGAUGCGUCUAGGAUAUUAGAUGCCAUUUCUAGUGGAAGCAGUGAGACCGGCAUCCCUGCGGACAUGCAUCCUGGUGCCAGCUCCAGUGGUGUUGGAGGGGAAGUUUUUCAUACAGACACCGCUAAUGAACACAGCUCAGCAACAGGACCAUCUGUGCUCCCUUUGUCAAUUCAGACAGAUGUGGCCAACACGGCUUGUUUGAGCAGUGAAGUCCCUGCAUCAUCGCGCAGAAGGCCACUCCCACCGCGACGGCCAUCUAUGCAACCAGCGCAGAAGUCAGCGUUGUGGUACAAGAAGCUCGCACAAUCAAAGAUACUACUGAAUCAGAAAAAAUUGGAGGUUGCAAAGGUCAAGGAACAAAUUGCUAAGGAGAAGUUGGCACAUUUGCAAAUGGAUGUCCAUUACAAGGCCAUGCUUCUCGAGUAAGCCCAACUUAACGUGGAACUGAAGCGAAGGCAGCUGGCAAACAUGGACAGCCACUUCCACAAUAUGUAAUAUUUUUGCCUGCACACAUGUUUUUGCCUUCAUAGGUUGAUGCUCCCCAACAGAUCACACUUAGAUCAUUAAUCUGUGCUGAGUUUGCUAAGCAGUAAAAAAUAUAUUCGUUUUAUGAGGCCUGUUGACUCAACACAUGA